CCGUGUGGCUUAUGCUAAAAUGACAACCUUAGUGCUGGAUAACGGAGCCUACAACGCCAAAAUCGGUUACAGCCAUGAAAAUGUCUCGGUUAUACCUAACUGCCAGUUUAGGUCAAAAACAGCACGUCUCAAAACCUUUACUGCCAACCAGAUAGAUGAAAUAAAAGAUCCUUCUGGACUCUUUUACAUUCUUCCCUUUCAGAAGGGCUACUUGGUAAACUGGGACGUUCAAAGACAAGUUUGGGAUUAUCUUUUUGGAAAAGAAAUGUAUCAGGUUGACUUUUUAGAUACUAAUAUUAUCAUCACAGAACCAUAUUUUAACUUCACUUCAAUUCAGGAAUCAAUGAAUGAAAUCCUAUUUGAAGAAUACCAGUUCCAAGCAGUAUUAAGAGUAAAUGCUGGGGCUCUCAGUGCACAUAGAUAUUUUCGAGAUAAUCCUUCUGAGUUAUGCUGUAUCAUUGUAGAUAGUGGAUAUUCAUUUACACAUAUUGUCCCUUAUUGUAGAAGUAAAAAGAAAAAAGAAGCAAUUAUUCGGAUAAAUGUGGGAGGAAAGCUCUUAACGAAUCAUCUAAAGGAGAUCAUCUCUUACAGGCAACUACAUGUUAUGGAUGAAACGCAUGUGAUCAACCAAGUAAAAGAAGAUGUAUGUUAUGUGUCUCAGGAUUUUUAUAGAGAUAUGGAUAUUGCAAAGUUGAAAGGAGAAGAAAAUACAGUAAUGAUAGACUAUGUUUUGCCAGAUUUCAGUACAAUUAAAAAAGGCUUUUGUAAGCCAAGGGAAGAGAUGGUGUUAAGUGGAAAAUAUAAAUCAGGGGAACAAAUUCUUCGUCUGGCCAAUGAGAGAUUUGCUGUUCCAGAAAUACUCUUUCAUCCUUCUGAUAUAGGCAUUCAAGAAAUGGGAAUUCCAGAAGCUAUUGUUUACUCAAUUCAAAACUUACCUGAAGAAAUGCAGCCGCAUUUUUUUAAGAACAUUGUUUUGACAGGAGGAAAUUCCCUUUUCCCUGGAUUUAGAGAUCGGGUUUACUCAGAAGUUCGAUGUCUCACUCCUACAGAUUAUGAGGUUUCUGUUGUGCUGCCAGAAAACCCUAUUACUUAUUCCUGGGAAGGUGGAAAGUUGAUAUCAGAGAAUGACGAUUUUGAAGAUAUGGUGGUAACACGAGACGAUUAUGAAGAAAAUGGGCACAGCAUCUGUGAAGAGAAAUUCGAUAUCUAA